UUUUUUUUUUUUUUAAUAUUAUCAUCCAACAAAAAAUUGUAUGAUAUUCUUAUCAUCCAGAUAAUACAUUCGGAAUUUGUGAGGUUAUGUAGUAUAGUAUAUACUUGAAAAUCGGAAAUCCCAAUAUUUAAACUUUAGUUUUAAUACUUAAUACAUAAUAUUAUUACAUUAAUUAUUUUGUAUCGUAUUACCUAGUUCAAGUUCGACGUUACAAUAUUUAUCUAUGUAAUUAAUUACUGUCUGAUCUAUUACUAAAUUCGUUAGUGUGUAAACAUAUUUAACAGCUAUAAUGUUGUGCAAUAAAUUACUGAAUCUAGCGAGUAAAACUCUUCAAAUCGUACCCACAAACCGAAUAACUGUUGCUGCAUCGGGUCUAAACACACGGUCGUUUUCGACACCAGUCAGUCAAGAAUAUGUUGUCGACAAUACGAUUGCACACAAAACGUUUUCCGACGGCAUAAUACAAACCGUCAACGAAGCCGUAAAAAAUAAUAACCGAUUGUUUGCUGUCGUACACAUAUGUGGUAAGCAGUUCAAAGUUACUGACAACGACUUGGUACUUAUAGAUGGUUACUGGCCGCCAAAUGUCGGAGACCGCAUUAAAUUGCAAAAAGUUCUGUUGGUUGGUGGCAAAGACUUCACGCUGAUCGGUAGGCCCGUUUUAGACCCAGCCACUGUGGAAGUCACUGCAACGGUGGUUGAUAAAGACUUAUCUCACACUAGAACAAACUUCGAACGUAUCAAACGGAAACAAUACAUGAGAAUCAACUUUGUACGAAAAGAAAUUACAAUGCUAAGGAUCAAUUCUGUAUUUAUUACACAAAAUAUUGAUAAUAGAAAAGAUGUUCAGGAAAUGGGAAGACGUGUAAUAUAAUUAUAGCUUAGAUUUUAUAUUGUACGAAUUGAUUGUAGUUAAGAUAUACCUUUGUAUAAUAAAAUAUUAUAUACUUA